CAUAAAAAGUGCAUCUUGUAGCUUUACAGCUCUUUGUAGAAGUUAUGCCUGAACCUUCUAAAUCUGCCCCAGCUCCGAAGAAGGGCUCCAAAAAGGCCAUCACUAAAGCCCAGAAAAAGGAUGGCAAGAAGCGCAAGCGCAGCCGCAAGGAAAGCUAUUCUAUCUACGUGUACAAGGUGCUGAAGCAGGUGCACCCCGACACCGGCAUCUCGUCCAAGGCCAUGGGCAUCAUGAACUCGUUCGUCAACGACAUCUUCGAGCGCAUCGCGGGCGAGGCGUCGCGCCUGGCGCAUUACAACAAGCGCUCGACCAUCACGUCCCGGGAGAUCCAGACGGCCGUGCGCCUGCUGCUGCCCGGGGAGCUGGCCAAGCACGCCGUGUCCGAGGGCACCAAGGCCGUCACCAAGUACACCAGCUCCAAGUAAUGUGCUUCAUCCACUGUUAACCCCAAAGGCUCUUUUCAGAGCC